AUGCGACCGAAAUUAAAGCAUUGGCUCGAUGAUGAACAGUGUGAGCCGUCUUUGUUUAAUUUUGAUAUUGAUGAAGUCAAUGAAGCAGAUAGUGAAACUAUGACUGAUGUUGGAGAAGCACCUCUACAUGAUGAUUUACAACAGCAGAAUUUAACUCGAAUUCAAUUAGAGCAAUUAUUCUCUCGAGCCAGUUCUGUAUUAGUCGCAGAGUCAACAAAUGAUCAAGAAUCUUUUAAACGUAAAAAAACCAUAAGAGUACCAAAAACAAGUACGAUGACAAAAACGCCAUUUCCACCUCCUCAAUCAUAUCGUCAAGAAGAUUUCGAUAUUAGUAUUGAAGAACUAAAACAGUUGGCUAAAAAACCGGUAGGUCAACUAGUUAUUGACAGAUAUUCUCCUAAUAACAAAGAAAUUCAUUAUGCAUUAUCAACUGUUACAUUAACAUUUAAUCAAUCCAUGAUAAGUAUUUCAUCAUUAGAUGAACAGAUGGAUCCAGAAGAUCUAGGUAUAUCAUUAAUACCAAAAGUUCAAGGUCAAUGGAGAUGGAUAGACACGAAAACAGUUCAAUUUACAGCAAAGCAUCGUUUUCCAUAUUCUACCAAGUAUACAUUAACAGUGGACAAACUUCGUUGCGUAUCAGCAAUUGGAGGAAAGCUAGACGGUGAAUUUUUCUUUGAAUUCUCAACAAAAACAUUACAAGUUCUUCAAUUCUUACCAGAUGAAAUAGUUUCAACAUUAAAGCCUCGAUGUUUUCUAUUAUUCGAUCAAAAAAUUCAUAUCAAUGAAAUCUUCAAGCAUAUAUGUAUAGUGCGUGAUGAUGGAGUUAAAAUGGAGAACAAAGAAUUAGAACUACUAGACGAAGACACAACAAAAAAUGAAUUUAAAUCGUACUUAAAUCAUAAGGAAGGAAAUCUUCAAGAAUAUAUUGCAUUUACAUUUAAAAAUGAUUUAUUAAAGGCAACAGAAUAUACGAUUCAGUUACCUCAAGACUGUCCAUCAGCCGAAGGACCACUAAAGACAACAACAGAAUGGUCAGCUGUUUUUUGUACUUAUGAACCUUUAAAAAUUAUUGAUUGGUUUCCGAAUAUCAAUGAUCAGUACCAACAGACUAUUUUUCCUGGUCGAAGUUGGUCGAUUACAUUUAAUAAUUCCUUAGAUCAUGCAUCAAUUAAAAAAUCCAUGUUCAAAGUUGAGCCGACACUUAGCGAUUUAGGUAUUGAACAUACAGACGACGAUAAUAAAAGAAUAACAAUACUUAAUAAUUCUCAACCAAAUACUGUCUAUACAUUAUCUAUACAAAGAGGAAUGUUAAAAGACGUUUAUGGCCAAACACUCGAACAAGAUCCUACGGAACAACCAAUUCAAUUUCACAUAGAAGAAUCAAAUUCACCAUUAUAUGGAACAUUGAGGGGUGAAUCAGGUAUUAUUAUAAUGGAUCCUGGCCUAUUAGAUGAACCGUAUUACUCGUUUAUAGUUUGUAACUAUUCAGAAUUAAUAAUUCGAAUUAAUCGUGUCAAACCAGAGCAUUAUCAGCCAAAUGUACUAAGAUUCAAUGCACGCUCUGGCGACGAUGACGACGACGAAGAAGAAGAAGAAGAAAAAGAAAAAGAAGAAGACCAGAAGGAAGCAAUAGAAAAUAACCAUAACAUACCUGGUGAAGAGUUACUAAAUGAAAUUAUACAGACAAACUGUCAACGAAAUGAACCGAAGGAGAUAAGAAUUCCGUUGAAGACGUAUCUUACAAAAUCAUCUGGAGUCGGUCAACUGUUUAUAUUCAUUACAACAACCAAAAAAGCAUACAAGGAAUGUGAAUAUAGGUAUUGGGUAGAUACACGAGCUAUAUUAGUCUGGCUACAAUGUACUCGAUUAGCUGUCGAUACAUUUGCCUCUUCAAAUAAGGAUGGUACGUUAACUACAUUGGUUACUAAUUUAAUGACUGGUGCACCCAUCAAUCAAGCAAUUGUUUCCAUAUUGAACCAAAAACAAGUGACAAAUCAACAAGGAUUAUGUACCAUUGGAAGGCACAAGUCAGAUGUUAAAAGAACAGGAGAAGACCAAGAAGAAGAAGAAGAAGAAGACACAGAAAAUGAAUUAUUAGUCGUAGAGAAAGGUGACGAUCUCUAUAUGGAAGUAGAUAUCUACCCUUCUCAAUCAACUGAUGAUAUUUACAUUUGGCAUGUAUUCAAUGAUCGUGGUUUAUACAGACCAAAAGAAGAUGUACAUAUAAAAGGUUAUGUUCGAUUAUUGAAGAUGGAAGGUGAAGCAAAAAUACCCAAGUAUACCCAAGGUGUCAUUGAUUAUAUAAUUUCUGAUCCUCGAGGUGAACAACUUCAAGAAUCAAAAGUGAAAUUGAAUCGUUAUGGAGCAUUUGAUAUCAAGUUUACAUUACCUGACAAUGUUAACUUAGGUCAAGGAUACGUCGAAUUCCGUUUAUCAGAUUCAAAAAGCGAAACCACACAUUAUUUUGAAAUUCAAGAAUUUCGAAGACCAGAAUAUAAAGUCUCGUCAAUGGUUCGAUCGUCAAUAGCAUACUAUUGUCAUUCAACGGUUGAUCAAUAUGUCAUCAUUAGUUGUGAAGGAAAAUUAUUUGCCGGUGGAUAUCUAAGUGAUGCCAGUGUUCAAUGGAUAGUAGAAGCUGAAUCAACAACAUUUACACCGGCUAAUAGGUCUGAUUAUAUGUUUGGCAAAGCGCAGUCAUUCUCUUACUAUCAUGGUGGUCGUACUCAAAAACAAAUAUCGUACCCAACAAAGCAUUUUCAAGGCAAAACAACCAAUAAAGGGCAACAUGAAAUAAAAAUUAUUUAUCAUGGGAUUGAACAAGAACCAAGACCAAUCAUUGUUCGCGCAUUAGCAGCUAUCACUGAUUUGAAUUCUCAAACACAAGAAACAGGAACAGAUUUUCUCAUACAUCCAUGUACAUACUAUGUUGGAUUUCGGUACGUAAAAAAUUAUGGUAAGAAAGGUGAACCGGUGCAAACAGAAGUCAUCGUAACAGAUAUUGAUGGAAAUUUGAUUAACAAUAUUUUGAUUCAAUGCGAAGUCAUUGGACAUGGCAAGGAACAAAAAGAAGAUCAAAAUGGUUUAACAAUAUUUGAAGGAAUAACAGAUGAACAAAAAUUAACAGUUGUUAGCUCAAAUAAAGAUGCAGUUAUUCUUGAUUAUAUACCAAAAUUAGGUGGCAGAUACAAUUUAUCAUACAGCAUCAAAGAUGAACAAGGACGAUUAGCUAUGAGUUCCCAUGAAAACUAUUAUGUCUGCGGUGGUGAAGAAAAAGAAAAAGAAAAAGAACAAGAAAUAGAUGAACAUGAACAUGAAGUAAAUAGUUAUGUUCCAAUGGACUCAUUGACAAUUGUUCCGAAUGCAAAAAGUUAUCGACCAGGAGACCUGUGUGAAUUAUUAAUUCUAGCUCCGUUUAGUCCUGCUAAUGGUUUGAUUCUGCUCGACUGCGAUGGUCAAGUGUCUCAACCCAUAGGAUUUCAAAUAGAAACCGGAAAAGAUUCAGCAACUGUUGAAUUUAAAAUAUCAAAAGAUUGGAUACCAAACUUUGCGGUGCACGCUGAAUUAAUCGGGUCAACUCCAAGAGAAAUGAAAGUAACUGAUUCACCAUAUCGUCCAGCAAUCGCUUCUCACUCCGUGUCAUUAGAAGUAUCAAGAGAUUUAUAUAAGCUAAAUGUUUUGGUUGAUACAUAUGAACCAAAUAAAAUCUAUACGCCAUCAUCGACCAUCCAUAUCGAUAUCGACGUUAGACAAUAUGUAGAUAAUGCACCUGCAAAAAAAGCAGAAGUUUGUUUAAUUGUUGUUGAUGAAGCAGUCUUAUCAUUAACUGAUCACAAAUUACAGAGUCUGUUAGAAAUAUUUUAUCCUGAUCGAUCGCAAGAUAUUACACAAUUUCAUAGUAGAACUCGUUGCUUGCUAUUCGAUGCACAAAAAAUAGAACAACUUAAGAACGAGAUAAAAGAAAGUCUGUACUUAGACGAAUGCGAAGGUGGUGGUGGUGGCGGUGGCGGUGGUAAGCGCCGCGGUAAGUUCAAGUCAAGUGCUCACGAUGCUGAGCAAAAAAUAACUGUUCGGUCGAACUUCAAUCCACUUGCAUGUUGGACACCUUCGUCAGUUACUGAUUCCUCUGGACGAGUUUCAAUUGAAAUAAAAUUACCUGAUAAUCUAACACGCUACCGUGUAUGGGCACUAGCAACCAAUGAUAAACAAUAUGGUAUAGGUGAAAUGUCACUUACUGUACAACUACCAAUUAUGAUUCGACCUUCACUACCAAGAUUUCUGAAUUAUGGAGAUACUGCAUAUUUCUCAGUUAUUUUACAAAAUCAAACCGAUCAAUCACUACAAUUACAUACUGGUUUGAGCGCAACCAAUGCAAAAUUAUUAACAGCACAAACAAAUCGACCAGCAAUUGGCUAUUCAAUUGUUCUACCACCUAAUAAACGAGCUGCUGUUACGUUUCCAAUAGAAACAAUGCAUUCUGGUACAGCUCGAUUUCAGUUCAUAGUCAAUACUCCUAGAAAUAAAACAUCUCCAUCAUUUGGUGACGCCAUCGAAGUAAGUUUACCUGUAUUUAUGCCAGCGACAUCAGAAGCAUUUGCAACAUAUGAUGAUACACAUGAAGAAGUAGUUAUACAGCCAAUAAAAACACCAAAACAUGUUCUUUCACAAUACGGUGAACUAUCAAUAACAACAAGUUCGACAGCAUUAGCAUCAUUAACUGAUGCAAUUAUUUCGCUUUAUACAUAUCGAUUUGAAUGUACAGAACAAUUAAGCUCAAGAAUAUUAGGUAUACAAUCACUGUGGAAUGUUUUACAGGCAUUUCAUUGUAAACAAUUACCUGAUAUAUCUGUAUUGAAAACGAAAUUAGAGUCAGAUAUAAAUAUAUUGAAAGGUCGCCAGUAUCCAAAUGGUGGUUUUGGUUAUUGGACAAAUCGACAGGAUUCUCAUCCUGAUCCAUAUAUGAGUGUACAUGCUGCUCAUUGUUUAGCUGUCAUUUUAAAUAAAAAGGUAUUUGAUGUUGACAAUAAUAUGCUAAAAAAUACGUUAAAAUAUCUUGAAAAUAUUGAAUCUGAGAUUGAUCAAUUACCCUACAGUAAGCAUUGGUCGGAAAAAACUCGAUUUAGUUUGAUCAGUUAUGCAUUAUAUGUACGAGCAAAAUUUCGUCAAAACAUGGCUCAUCAAGCUUUACAAAUAUUUCAGCAAAGUGGAUUCGAUAAACUUAGUUUAGAAGCAUUAGGAUGGCUAUUGAUCGCCUUGUCUGCUGACAAAAGUCAUGAUAAUCAUCAAACAAUUGAACUCAUAUAUAACUAUUUAAAAGGUAAAGUAAACGAAACAAGCGAAACAGCAAAUUUUAUUACAUCGUAUGGUGAUGAUGGUCAAUCAGUAAUGUUCCAUUCAAAUCAACGAACAGAUGCUAUUCUAUUAGAAUCAUUAUUAUGUAUUGAUCCAGAAUCCACCCUCUGUACUAAAUUAUGUAAAGGUUUACAAGCACAUAAAGUGAAAGGUGCAUGGAAAUCAACACAGGAAAAUUGUUUUGUAUUAAUUGCAUUAGAUAAAUAUUUUCACAUUAAAGAAAAAGAUACACCAGAUUGUGUUGUCAAUAUCUGGUAUGACAAUGAUUAUUGCGGUCAACAUCAAUAUAAAGGUCGAACAACAAAUACAUAUACAGUGAGUAUUCCGAUGAGAACAAUUCUGGCGCUGUCAUCAUCAUUCAACAUGGGUAGUAACGAUAAGAACGUAGUGAUGCAUAAACGUGGCAAUGGUCGAUUAUACUAUCGUAUUGCAAUGGAUUAUGCCUCAACAAGUCUGCAACUAAAUGCAGUUAACUAUGGUUUUAAAAUUGAACGAACAUACACAGCUAUCGAUCAUUCAUCACACGUUCAGCAACAACCCGAUGGAACUUGGAAUUUCAGGCUAAAUGAAAAAAUUAAAGUUACAUUAACAAUGACAACAACACAACGACGAUAUCAUGUAGCAUUAGUUGAUUAUUUACCAGCUGGUUGUGAACCAUUGAAUACAAAAUUAAAGGGUACUUUGGCAGAUUAUACAAAUUCAUCAGUAACAAGAUCAAAAAGAAACAGUCGCUAUAAUGAAUAUCGAUUAUAUUCAACGAUUGGUUGGACUGAAUAUGAAAAUUUAAGAGACGAACGUGCUGAAGUAUUUCGAGCAUUAUUAUGGUCUGGUGUAUACGAAUGGAGUUAUGUUAUGCGUGCAACAUGUGCUGGAACAUUUAUCAUUCCACCAGCUAAGGCUGAAGAAAUGUAUUCACCUGAAAACUUUGGGCGAUGUACAACAGAAAAAGUUAUCAUUGACUAA